UCGCUCCUUUUACAUCUCUAUGUUAUAGUUUGAUUCAGCUGUGAGCACGUUAAGCUAAUUCCAAAGUCAAUGAAAUAUAUUAAAACUACAAUUGGCAUUGCACAAGAAUGUACGAUGCUUCAAGGUUAGCGAAUCUUCCUGUAGAAAACUAGUUCGAAAGUCUUACAGCAAAUUUCAAAGGUAACUCAACUCACAUUUACAAUAUUAUUUGCAAGACUAAUGUUUAUUUCUGAUUCUCAAUGAACUGCCCAAGCUUGACUUAUAGGAAUGCACUCAAAUACGUUAUAUUCGAUUCGUUUUAUAGAAUUUGUACUGGGCGGACGCGUUUAACCAAAACCAUGUUUUAUGAUCAAUACGUCCUGACAAAAAAGAAAGGGGGAAUGGGUGUAGUUUGGCUCGCAGCUACUCUGGGGUCAAAGCACUCUCUCCGGAAACUUCAUAAAAAAGAUAUAAUGUCUGUUAAUAUCGAUGAAGCUUGUGAAUUUGUCGCGUAUUCUCCCGAACCGCUAGCUUUACGCCUUAGUAGUAACUUAAUGAUUGGUGUUGCACGCGUUUAUGCCCAUCAAUAUUCUUUCUUCCAAUCACAAGUUUCUUCACUGCAUUCAAGACUACGCAAAGAGCUUGAUAAUAUAAAUGGCAAGCUUUCUAAGAGUAUCGACGCGCGCGUAGAAAAAUCAAAUACUGAUAAUCUAAUCCUUGCUGAUGACCCAGCCUUUGUACCCGAAUUGACAUUAUCGAACGGUCUCAGUCUUCCCUCUUUGGACCUCAAUUUUACCUUGAACAAUGAUUCAAUUUCAUUUGAUCAUACAAACUUGACGUCGUUACAAACACUUCCAGAAGCUUCAAAUACCUUUGGCAACGCGACUCAAUCCUUUAGCCUUCAAAACCACGCCCCUAUGUCGAGAUUUGAUUAUGAAGCGUCAAAUAAUCUUUUUCCAGAUGAGGUUUUGGACUUUGAAUUUGACGAAAAUGGUGAGGUGCAUGAUAUUUCGACACAGGACAAGAUGCCUCAACUUACGCCUGCUAAUUCUCAAGACGAAGAGGAUCAUCCCGAUGCUCAAUCCCCCAUUGAAGCGCACGACGAAGAACAAGAAUCUCGGAUUCGGAUAUAUGAAUUAGACGAUGAUGUUUUACCCCUUCCGGUUCCCUUGGAAUCUGUAGUAGACCCAAAUCUUGAAAUUCAACCUCAGGAAGAGCCUGUUAAACGUAGAAGAAUUCAAAAAAUUGAACCUGACGAAUCUAUCGAGCUGAGUACAAAAACCCUUUCCCAUUGGAGGUCCACGUAUGUGGAAAGGAUGAAAGCCCUUGAAACUGCCAAGCAUAUGCGACGAAAAGGAACCUCACUUGAAAAGAAAAAACAGCUAAAAAAAUUGUAUCAUUGGGAAUCAUUCCAUCCUAUUAUUCAAGAAUGGGUUGGUAAACUUCAACCAGAACCAGUUCACAACCAAACAGAAGCUGAUGAUGUUGAGUUGCCAAUGCCUAACUUGGAAAAUUCAGAUAUUGAAAUGGGUCGUGAUGCUCAGGGGUCUUUAGAGUUAAAUAUGCCUUGGAAUACUUCCUCUCGUUCAAACAGUCUAUUAAACUCUUCUAAAAGUCAAUCUCAAAAUGGUAGUGAACAUUCAACUCCAUUGCUUGACACUCGCUAUGGAAAAAGACUUACACCUAGUCCUUCAAUGAAUAACCGAUUGCAGUUCUUGCCUGCUUUGGAAUCUAGUCAGUAUCAUGAUCACUUAAACUCUGAAUUAUCUUUGCAACUUGAAGAUGACUUUUCUCUCUACAAAAAUACUCAAGAAGAAAAUAUUGGAAAUUUCUUACAUAUGGAACGAGAGUGUGCUAAUUUCUAUGAAUACACAAAAACAGCAAUAUUUGAAAACGGUGGAGAGAUGACCUUCUCAGAGCUCUUACCCUGUACAUUACAACGCUCUGUGGCCGCACAAGCUUUCAGUCAUCUUUUAGGUACGAUUUAUCAUACGUAUUUCUUACUUACCUACUUAGCUUUAACCACAAAAUCUGCUGUCUCAGUGAAACAAGAAGCCCCGUAUGAUGAAAUUGUUCUCUCUUUAAAUGCCCUUUAAUUAUAAAACACGUCUUUGUUAAAUAUGAAAACCAUUAAACCUGAUGAAAUUAUCUCUAACAUUUAUAUCUGCAUUUGCUUUGGAAUCUGGCUAAAUAUAUACUAAAGUUUAAAUUCGUUGUUAUUUUAA